GGAGCAAUGUAAAUUAUCAUAUAAUGCAUUCAGUAAGUUUCAGUUUCUAGAUGAGAUUCUUCUGUUAUAGUAGACAUGGCUGUGACAUUCUGUUCCCUUCGUGUGAUCCUUAUGAAUUCGCUAAUCAAUAAAAAAUUACAUAGGAAAAGUUCACAACUUGCUUGCAGAUUCACCUCUUCCCUCGCUUUUGUUCAAAACCCAUUCGUUUCAUGUGUUCAACUUGAUGAAAAGUCCACUUUGUCCAACCCUUUUGAGUUCUUACGUGAUUUCAAGUUUCCAGGGAAGCAGAGUACCAGGAACACUAAAAUCUUGCAUGCCCAUUUGCUUAAAACUCAUGAUUUACAGUCUGACAUCUUCUUCAUGAACUCUUUGCUCGAUUGGUAUUGUAAAUCUGCUGACAUGGUUGUAGCCCACAAGCUGUUUGACACAAUUGCUCUUCCAAAUCUUGUUUCUUGGAACAUCAUGAUAUCUGGUUACGACCAUAGUUCAAUGUUUGAGAAGUCAUUGGAGAUGUUUUGUAGGAUGCAUUUGCUUGGUAUUGAGCCUGAUGAGUUUAGUUAUGGUAGUGUUCUUUCGGCCUGUAUUGCUUGGCAAGCCCCAAUAUUUGGCAUGCAAGUUUAUUCACUUGUAAUGAAAAAUGGUUUCCUUUCCAACGGUUACGUUCAGACUCGAAUGAUGGAUAUGUUUUCCAAAAAUUGCAACUUUAAAGAGGCUCUAAGGUCAUUUUAUGAUGCUUCAUGUGAUAAUGUGGCAUGUUGGAAUGCUAUUAUUUCUGCAGCAGUUAAAAAUGGAGAAACCUGGGUUGCUUUGAAUCUGUUUCGGCAAAUGUGUUGUGCAUCUCUUACGCCAAAUAGUUUUACAUUUCCAAGCAUCUUAACAGCAUGUUGUGUGCUCAAAGAGAAGCAGAUUGGGGAAGGAGUUCAUGGGAUGGCGAUCAAAUGCGGUGCAACAGAUGUCUUUGUGGAGACUGCUAUCGUUGAUUUAUAUGCAAAAUUUGGAUGUAUGAGUGAAGCUUUUAGACAGUUCUCCCAGAUGCAAGUCCACAAUGUGGUCUCCUGGACUGCUAUAAUAUCUGGGUUUGUGCAAGAGGAUGAUAUUGUUUCUGCGCUAAAGCUUUUCAAAGAUAUGAGAAAAAUAGGGCAGGAAAUAAAUAGCUAUACUUUUACUAGUGUUCUUUCUGCAUGUGCUAAACCCGGGAUGAUUGAGGAGGCGGGUCAAAUUCAUUCUUUGUUAUUAAAAUUAGGGUUCAGUUUGGAUGAUAAGGUUGGGGCUGCUUUAAUCAACAUGUAUGCAAAAAUAGGAGAAGUUGGACUAUCUGAGUUAGCCUUCAGCGAGAUGGAAAAUAUGAAGGAUCGGGGCAUAUGGGCAGCUAUGCUGUCUUCUUUUGCUCAAAGCCAAAAUUCUGGAAGGGCAGUUGAGUUAUUCCUUGUAAUGUUAGGAGAAGGAGUGAAACCUGAUGAGUAUUGUAUUAGUAGUGUGUUGAGUAUUAUGAGCUGCUUAAAUCUAGGGUCACAGAUUCAUGGUUACACUUUGAAGUCUGGGUUAGUCACUGAUGUUACCCUAGGCUGUUCACUUUUUACAAUGUACUCAAAGUGUGGUUGUUUAGAGGAAUCUUAUAAAGUUUUUCAGCAAGUUCUUGUCAAAGACAAUGUCUCAUGGGCCUCCAUGAUUUCUGGUUUUGCUGAGCAUGGAUAUGCAGAUCGAGCUCUUCAGCUAUUUAAAGAAAUGCUAUAUCAAGAAAUUGUACCUGAUCACCUGACCUUAAUCCCAACUUUAACUGCAUGUUCUGCUCUUCGUUUCUUGCAGACAGGUAAAGAAAUUCAUGGUUAUGCUUUUUGUUUAGGAAUGGGAACAAACACAGUUGUAGGUGGUGCGCUUGUAAACAUGUAUUCUAAGUGUGGAAGUUUGAAUUUGGCAAGGACAGUGUUUGAUAUGCUGCCCCAAAAGGAUGCAUUUGCUUGCUCUUCCUUGGUCUCAGGAUAUGCCCAAAAGGGUUUAAUUGAAGAGUCAUUAUUAUUAUUCCAUGAUAUGCUCCUGACUGAUGCAGCGGUUGAUGGCUUCACAAUUUCAUCCAUUCUCGGGGCUGCUGCACUUUUGUAUCGGUCAGAAAUUGGAACUCAACUGCAUGCCUACAUUGAAAAAUCAGGCUUACAAGCAGAUAUAUCUGUUGGUAGUUCACUAGUGACAAUGUACUCAAAAUGUGGAAGCAUUGAGGAUUGCCAUAAAGCCUUUGAUGAUGCUGAGAAGCAUGACCUGAUAGGUUGGACAUCCAUCAUUGUAAGCUAUGCUCAACAUGGUAAAGGUGCAGAGGCCUUAGCUGCUUAUGAACUGAUGAGAAAAGAAGGCGUCCAACCUGAUGCAGUAACUUUUGUUGGGAUUCUAUUGGCUUGUAGCCAUAGUGGGCUGGUUGAAGAAGCCUUCUUCUAUCUUAAUUCAAUGUUUGAAGACCAAGGCAUUAAGCCAGGUCAUCGUCAUUAUGCUUGUAUUGUUGAUCUUCUUGGUCGAUCAGGUAGACUGAGAGAGGCUGAAAUUUUCAUUAACAAGAUGCCUGUUGAGCCUGAUGCUUUAAUAUGGGGAACUUUGCUUGCUGCUUGCAAGGUCAAUGGUGAUGUUGAGCUUGGAAAGUUGGCAGCCAAAAAGGUAAUGGAAUUGGGGCCAAGUGAUGCUGGAACUUAUGUGUCCCUCUCAAACAUCUGUGCAGAUGUAGGACAGUGGGAAGAAGUCACAAAGAUUAGAAGCUCGUUGAAUGGAACUGGGAUGAAGAAAGAGCUUGCGUGGAGCCUUUUAUGAAGAGCAACGAU